AUGGACAGUAAAGAGUAUUUAAUAUCCUAUGGUUGGAAGGAAGGUGAGGCGUUGAAAAAAGGCGGACUUAAAAAGCCCAUUCUAGUAAAGCAUAAGAAAGAUAAGAAAGGAUUGGGUUGUGCGCCAGGCCAGGAUGACAGUGAAGCAUGGUGGGAGAGGCUGUUUGAUGGACACCUAAAAAACUUGAACGUUAGCAACGAUUCUACCAAUGGCGGGAUAAAAUUUAAGCAAAACGAAGUAGUAGCCUCAGCUAUAUCGAAAACUAGCUCCCCGCUAUAUAGGUGGUUUGUUAGGGGAGAGGGUCUGAAGGGAACUAGAGGUGAAUCUUUGGUUGUUGAAGAACAAAAAAUUGUUUCAGUCGAUACGAGCAAGAGCAGCAGGAAAAGGACGAGAAAAGAGGACAAUGACAAGAGUGACAAGGAAUUGAAGAGAGCUAAAAAAUCGGGGAAGAAGGAGAAGAAGGAGAAGAAGGAGAAGAAGAAGCAGAAGAAAAAGGAGAAGAAGGCAAAGAAAGAUAUGAAGAAGAAGGUAAAGAAGGAUAAAAAAUAG